UGGCCUUGGGGCUCGCUGGAUCCUGCCCCGCCAUGGCUGCCCGCAAGCCGAGCUUCCCGCGCUGGGGUUUGCACGGUCUGCUCUUUGCAACGGUGCUGGUCGCCUGCGGCGGGCAAGGCAGGAGCCGGGAGGACGGCGGCGCCGCCUGCUACGGGGGCUUCGACCUCUACUUCAUCCUGGACAAAUCAGGAAGCGUCUUGCACCACUGGAAUGAAAUCUACCACUUUGUGGAACAUCUGGCCCACAAAUUUAUAAGCCCCCAGUUGAGGAUGUCCUUCAUUGUUUUCUCAACCAGAGGCUCAACUCUGAUGAGACUCACUGAAGACAGGGAGCAGAUCCGUCAAGGCUUGGAGGAGCUCCAGAAGGUCCUGCCAGGAGGAGACACGUACAUGCACGAAGGCUUCGAGAGGGCAAGUGAGCAAAUUUACCAUGAAAAUGUUCAAGGUUAUAGGACGGCGAGUGUCAUCAUUGCACUGACAGACGGAGAGCUUCACGAGGACCUUUUCUUCUACGCAGAAAGAGAGGCAAACCGAUCCCGUGACCUGGGGGCAACUGUGUACUGUGUUGGCGUGAAAGAUUUCAAUGAAACACAGCUGGCACGGAUCGCUGACAGCAAGGAUCACGUCUUCCCCGUGAAUGAUGGCUUCGAAGCUCUCCAGGGAAUCAUUGACUCCAUUUUGAAGAAAUCAUGCAUUGAAAUCUUGGCUGCGGAACCUUCUAGUAUAUGUGCGGGAGAGUCAUUCCAAGUGGUCGUGACGGGGAACGGCUUUCGCCACGCUCGCAAUGUCGACCGCGUCCUCUGCAGCUUCAGGAUCAACGAGACGGUCACGCUCAAUGAGAAACCUUUCAAGGUGGAGGACACCUACCUGCUCUGCCCUGCACCUGUGCUGCGAGAAGUUGGCAUGGAAGCUGCCCUCCAGGUCAGCAUGAACGAUGGGCUCAGCUUCAUCUCCAGCUCCGUCAUCAUAUCCAGCACACACUGUUCUGAUGGGACGAUCCUGGCCAUUGCUCUGCUGAUCCUUUUCCUGUUGCUGGCGCUGGCUCUGCUGUGGUGGUUCUGGCCUCUCUGCUGCACCGUGAUCAUUAAGGAGCCUCCCCCACCCCCCAUGGAAGACAGCGAGGAAGAAGACGACGAUGGGCUUCCCAAGAAAAAGUGGCCAACCGUAGACGCCUCCUAUUAUGGUGGACGUGGCGUUGGCGGAAUUAAGCGGAUGGAGGUUCGCUGGGGGGAAAGGGGAUCCACUGAGGAAGGCGCAAAGCUGGAGAAGGCCAAGAAUGCUCGGGUCAAGAUGCCGGAACAAGAGUAUGAAUUCCCGGAGCCCAGGAAUCUUGGAAACAACAUGCGGAGGUCCUCUUCCCCCCACAAGUGGUACUCUCCAAUUAAGGGAAAGCUGGAUGCCCUCUGGGUUUUGCUGCGGAAAGGUUACGACCGAGUGUCUGUGAUGCGGCCACAACCAGGAGACAAGGGUCGCUGCAUUAAUUUCACCCGAGUGAAGACAUCACAGCCUCCCCCCAAGUACCCUCUCAACAACGCCUACCACCCCCCUCCCCCUGCCCCCAUUUACAACCCCCCUCCCCCUGCCCCCAUCUACACCCCUCCACCACCCAGCUCCCCAGCGCCUCCCACCCCGUCCCCGCCCUCCACACUCCCCCCUCUCCCUCCCCCUCCUCAUGCUCCUCCCCCAAAUCGGGCCCCUCCCCCUUCCCGCCCCCCUCCGCGGCCCUCUGUCUAAACACCCUGCCCUCUGCCCCAGAAGCCUUUCUUAAGCCAUUUUCAACAGUACUGUAAAACCAAGGAUAUUUCAGAGGCGGCCUUAACAUUCUGGGUGAAGAGACAAGCAAACCCCUUUCAAUUCUUCUUCUUCUUCUU